GGCAUAACAGCCAGCUCCACCUCUGCCAGCCAGCCAAGUCCACACCGCUCAUUGUUCACCCGUCCCAGGGGUCUCCAUAGCUCCAUGCACAAUCUCGGGAAUCAUUUCCGCAGCCCUAGGGAGAGCGAGGGCCACCGCAUCUGGAGGCUACACGACAGGGUGACACAGUGGCUGCUACGGGGCGUCUUGGGCUCGUUCCUCCGGCCCAAGGCGCUGCUCGCGGCGCGCGAGACGCUCAACAACACGGCCCAGCCAACCAGCAGCGGCGAGCUGCGCCGGCUUGAGGACGAACACGUUGCGGAGGUGGUGCGGCGGCAGGUCGACAGCGGGCUGCGGUCCCAUCUCGCAGGCGUCGAGCGGCGGGGCAACCUGGCGUCUGUCAAUAACAACAAUGCCGCUGGCGCCACGUCGCACGGCAUGACGCCGCCCCGCCUCGCCGUCGUCGGCAAGAUCAGCCGCCCCAAGCCGAUCCAGGUCGACGACUUUGGCUUCCUCGCGCGCCAAGUUGCUGCUGUCGCCGAGGACAACGCUGUCGCGGAGGACAACGCUGUCACGGGGGACAACGCUGUCUCUGCGCCUCUCCUCAUCACCGCCAAAGUCUGCAUCCCCAGCCCGACCAUGGUGCAUUUCCGCGGGGGGCGCAACGCCAUCAGCACCUCCGCAUACCCUUCGCUGGAGGACGACGGUUUCUUCGCGGACCUGGCCGCGGCGUACCGCGCCGAGCUGGCGGACCUGUACGCGGCGGGGUGCCGCUUCGUGCAGCUGGAUGACACGAACCUGGCGUACCUGUGCGACGCGCAGAUGGCAGCCGCGGCCGCCGGGCGCCACGGCGGCGCCUCCGCGCUGCAGCUGGCCCGCACGUACGCGGCGCUGAUCAACGCGUGCUGGUUCGCGGCCGGCAGGUACGAGCCCGUGGCGGCGGUGCUGUUUGGCGAGCUGGACGUCGACGUGUACUUUCUCGAGUUCGACGACGAGCGCUUGGGCGGCUUCGCGCCGCUGCGGUUCCUGCCGGCGGCCAAGACGGCCGUGCUGGGCUUGAUCUCGACGGAAGAGGGCAACGAGCUGUCCGAGGACGAGCAGUGGGCCAAGGUACGGCUCGAGGUUGAAAUCGCCAAGGAGGUCUGGGGCCCAGACCUCGCGGUGUGA